AAUCUUCAUAAAGCUUUCGCAACUCUGACAGCAAACAAAUACCUGUACCCGACGACGAAUAAAACGAUAAUGAAAAUGUCAUCAUUUUUAACAUCUCUCGUUCUGCUGAUGUUCACCUGCAUUCUCGCUCAAGAAUCUCAAGAAAACUUGGGGAAUCCUAAAUGCGAAACUAAGCCUCUGGACAGGAAGAUUCGAUUCAAAACCAAACACGGAAGGCUUACCGAGGGGCUGUUCACGACGGGCACUGUUUUAAAGUUCAGAUGCAAAGAUGGCCACAGCCUCACAGACAAUGAGGGACGCGUUUGUUUUGAAGACGGCUGGUCUCACGAUGCCUUUCCGAGAUGCAGGCCAACUCAAACAAGCCUUGAAAACAAGGAUCAAGACGCAGCUGUCGCCCACCAGAACAUCAACUCUAAGCGAGUACCACGGAGGGCUCACGUUGGUCACGUAGGUAAGAGGUCCACCGUCUAUUGCCCUAAAGCUAAUGGUUGUCAAACAGAAUGUAAAGAUCCGUGGAUCCGUAAUGGCUACAUCAGUGGUAGAGUUGAGCGUCCUCAUCUAGAGGGCAGUAUGGUCCACAUCACCUGUAUGGACGGCUUUGUAUUCGUGAACUCACAGAAAAAAGAUGGCCGAAUCUAUUGUGAUGGAGUUGGAAAAUGGUCGCUUACACCCGAAGAUGUUUGUGUGGCAAGUGGUUGUCGUCAUCCGGGGAAUAUUGACAAGGGCAACAUGCACUUCAGCAGAGAACAAGCAGGAACGACCCAACUCUUCCCCUUCGGAACUAACGUGAUUUACAGUUGUGACGCCUCCCACACGUUAUUUGGCGGACAGUCAAAGCGGACUUGCAAACUGUCCGGGAACGGCCCUAUAGGAGUGUGGAGCCCGCAUGGCUCGCCUGUUUGCAUGUGGGUGCAGAGGGGUAUUUGGUGAUGGUGAUGUGAAAAUUGUGGUGAUAACGAACGAAGUUCUCAAUAUUUUGAUGAUGUUCGCAUCCAAGCUUAUGUGGUGGGGUAUCCUAAAAGCUUGUGGCGGGGAGCCACAUGUUUGAUCUUACUUUGCUAGAAUCUAGUGAACAGGUCAAAUGAGAAGAGGCAACGUGUGCGACAUGUAUGUUUCACGUUUUGGAGAAACAUGCAACUUCAUUUACGUUUUGACACCCAUUUAGCGAUUCAUGUGUCAAAGUUCAUUUCUUUUAGCUUCGACCAAAUAGUACAUUUAUAAAUGUAUUUGGUCGAAAUGACUUUUUAAAUCUUCUGACAAUCAAUCAUACAUUGCACAGUAUUUAUUUUCAUUUUAUUCCCAUGCCCGUUAUGGAUCUCUGUUCAUAGAUACUCGUACCAGAGUAAAAAUGGUCUUAAGUAAGCUUAUAUAUUCAAUCCGGUCAGAUGGAAGUGAUCUGAGAAUGUCCUUUUUUUAGGGACAUUAAUUCGUCCACAAAUCACCUAUUGUAUAACACCACACGCUGCGUCACCUUAAAGCAAAUUUCGCACGAGUAUUGCAAUGCCCUGCCCGCGCAUCAGUCAGUAUGAAAUGCUUGAUGUAUUGUCAACCUUACGGAAUUCUCACAGGCGACUUUCUGAAUGGAACCCUUUUGUCCACAUCUUCAGCGGGCUAACUGAUCUGCGCCGGACCUAUAAACAGGAAAUUGGAAGGUACGGCAUUUUCUUGGGUGGUGAAAAUGUCCCGGAAAAUGUAAAAGUAGGCUAAAAUGCUGGUCGUGCGAAAUGUGUGAAAAACAGUGGCGGUAAAAGCAAAAAAAAUAGAACAAUUCGCGGCUGCUAUUGCUCAGCAUGUUCACCCAGGUGCACAAAUAGGCCUACGUUGUCAGUUGAAUAUUCAAAUAUUGUGUUAAUGCCGUUGUUUAAGCAGGUUUACAGAUUCUAUACCAAGUUUCAGUAAAUUCAUAAGCAUUAUACAGUGACUGCACUUUGUAUGACCAGAGUCAUUCAAAUUUUUAUUUAAAAGAGUCUGGUAUGACUGAUUUCAAUUUUCCUGGACCACAAGUAAAUAUGAAAGACGUCCCCUUUUUAAAGUCAGAAUACGCGCACGAAAAUUCGUUGUUUUCGAGAGUAAGAACGGCCCCCAACAGAACAUUGCAGUGGCGGCAGAAACAAGAACAAGUCUUCCAAAUUUUAUAUCCGGGUACGCAUGCUCCAAUGCACUCCAUCAUGCGCAUGCGAAACCGGAUAUAUAAUUUGGGAACUUUGUUCAAACUUCAGCUGAACUGAUGAAAGUCCUAUGGAAUAUGAUUAUUAUAAUGUCGACGGACUUGGGGGGGAGAACGUGCAUAGUGCUUUAGAUUCGGGGCGUUGUUAGCAAGUAAAGGUUGGUUUUUCGAAAACCUAAUAAAACGGACGAAUUAUACGUUGCCAUAAAGGUUUAGAGAUUUACUACAUGUAUUCCAGCGUAAGCGUAAAUUCUUUAAUUGCACUAUUGACAUCAUGAAUCAAAUAACGACAAGCAAAAAUUUAUCGCGAUAAAUAUUUGUAUAAAACAGAUUCGGGGCAUCAUGCAAUUCAAAAAUGAAACAUUUCCGAUUGGGCAGUCCAACUGUUUCGUCGGAGGUCUGACCCCUCUAUAGGCAGCUAUAAAUAUUAUUGUAUAGUAUAACAUGUACAUGUAUGUAUACACGUAUAAACGUAUCACAUGUAACACUGAAAGUCAAUUAAAUAUCAAAUGAGAAACUCGA